UGAUGAUCAAAAUAAUAAAACAAAAUUUAGCAGAAAUCAUUUCAUUGCCUGGGAGGAUGUGUGUCCUCGUCGAAAAAGAAAUGGGAAAGGAAGUCGUGCGACUGUUUCUCCGAGAGCUCAAACAGGCACGACAGCAUGAUUGCUACUGAGGUCUGAGAGCUCUAUGGGCCCACAGUAUCAUUUCUAUGAUCGUGGAUCUGGGUCUGCAAAUCCAGCUGCAGUGUUCUAAAUUGGUGCUCUUUUGAUUUCAAGUUCUUCAGAGUUCAGAAAGACAGCCAUGGCAGUUGCAAAUGACCCUUAUGUUGGAGCAUGGAAGAUUGUGGAGGUGAUCUCGCUGUGUGGCUCCGGCUGCCAGUCAGUCCUGGAGGGAACAGAGAUGAAGCUGGAUGAGAGCGGGGAUGUCACAUGGAUCCUGCCAGAAGGCAGUGAGUCGGACUGCGCCCUGUUCCGGUGUGAGGUGUACGACCUCGUCACCGACCACUCGUACAACAACGACAGACGCUCGCUGAUGCUGGCAGCCGUCCAGGGACACGUCGUCGUCUUCAAGGUGGACCACCCGACGCCCCAGGACCUGAUGGUUUUGACCUGCGAGGCCUGGUGCAUCCUGCAGUGUCAGCGCGUGCCCUGCCGCCAGCCGCCGCCCGAUCAUCCGUUCUCACUGGCGCCACUCAUCGGCUGCUCCGUGUACUCGGAUGUCGCCGUCACGGCGGCAGAUGGCAGCACGUUUGCUGCGCACAGUCAGAUUCUGCGCCUACUAGCGCCAUCUAUAGACUGGCUUGCCGAUCCGCUGCGCCAUCUGCCGGCGCCGGCCGUGCGGGCGGUUCUGCACUAUCUCUACACGGAGUCUCUACCCGAGGGCCUGGCGCCGACGGUGGCCACGGAGCUACGAAGAGAGCUGCGUCAGCUUCCGGAGCUAGAGCCUCUGGCAGAGCUGUGCGGCCGGUACCUGACCAAUGUGACGCUGAGAGAUGACCUGCGCCGUCUGGUGGCCGACAUGCUCUCGUGCUGCCGCGCGGUGAACGGGGCCCUCUCGGAGGCGGUUGGUCGGCCCCGCCAGGGAGCCGAGUCCGUGCUGGCCUGUCCCAGCCAGCUGUCGGCUCUGGCCAGACUCUGUCUGCAGCAGAUGGCGCUGGGUCUCAGCAAACUGGCGCUGACGUUUGAUUUGUACGGCCACCACGAGAUGCCUCUGGGUUCGGAGGAGCGUCGUGAGAUAAUUCGAUACGCCCAGUCUCGGCUGCCCCAGUUUCUCACCGAGCUGCAACGAAUGUUACACGGUCUGCGAACGUUACUCUCCUCAGCCAGUCAGACCCAGCGCUCCGACCUCGCCGCCCGGUCCGUCUCAGAGCUGGAGUGGCUUGCGGUGACCAUAUCAACCCUACUGGAGGAGAGUAAAACAUUCCUGGAAGCGGCUCUGGGCGCGAUGACGGCACCCGAUGGACCGACUGCCGCUCGACGGGAUGGCUCACUCACCUAUGUGCUUCGGAGUCGAACUAUGCUGUGUCUGCAGACUCUUCUGGAAAGACUGACUCGGGCCAACAUCUACAUACUGCAGAAACGUGAGUACCUCUCCGCCGUGGGCGAGGCGGGUGGCGCGCGGCUGGUGGCCCGCAGUACGGAGCGGCUUCUGGACGAGCUCCCCGCACUGAUGGCGUGUGCCGCUCUGGACGAGGCGGCAGAACUGGCCGGACAACAUGUCACCUGGCGAGAGUUCAAGUUCUACUUCAUCGCUACUGCCAGCCGCGUGCACCACAUAAUGGAGCUGCUGCGGCAGCACUCGGAAGUGGUCCGACCCCUGGUCGACCACAUCCGGCUCCUGGUGGGAGGAGAGCAACUGGACGCCACCCUCGCCCGACUCGGACUGCUGGAAGACACGCUGGGAGCCAAUCAGGAGCCGGGAGACAGCGCGGCGGCCAAUCACAGCGCCGGAGACAGCGGAGUAGCCAAUCGCAGCGCUGGAGACAGCGCGGCGACCAAUCGGGAGACAGGCGGCGGCGAGACGACCAAUCAGAGCGUGGGAAGUGGUGGGAGGACCAAUCAGAUGUCUGGAAAUGGAGGAAUAGGAAGACUGGGGGCGGAAGAUCCGUGGAAGAGCAAUCGCUCCUCAUCUCCAGCCUCGAAUGAAUCAGAUUCGUUGUCCCUGGUGUCUGCGCUGACGCGGCCUCCCCUCAGUCGCGACAGUGGACUCGCCCGCCGCUGUCACCAGCUGUUUGAGUCGGGACGAGACACCGAUCUGCAGUUCACAGUCCGCGGGGACCCCGUGGUGCCGUCGCUGCUGGGCGGCCACGGUGCUGCCAUCUCUGGGCAGCAGGAGACAGUUCUGUUGGCACACGGCCCGGUGGUGGCAGCACGGUCGUCCUGGCUGCGAAGGGUCCUCACUUCGGGGAUGAAGGAGAGCAUCGACAGGCAGGUGUCGAUUUGUGACGCCUCUCCCGCCAUCUUCCGGUCGAUGCUGGAGUUCGUGUACUGCGGUCACGUGACACCCGAAAACUGGCCGCCCGAACAGCUGAUGGAGCUUCUGGUGCUGGCUGACCGAUAUGAGCUGGAUGAUCUCAAACACUCGUGCGAGGCUCUGCUCGAGACUCACAUUGACGAGGAUUCCGUCUGCUGCCUACUGAGUAUAGCCGAACAGUAUAACGCCCGGAAACUGAAGAGUUCAGCGCUGGAGUUUGUGGCCACCAAUCCCGAGGUGGUACAGUCGGAGCUGUUCCUGGAGCUCGGGCCGGCGCUGCAGGCGGAGGUCGAGGAGACGGCCGUCUGGGCACCGCCCAGGUGUCAGCUGAUGUGUGACGUCAGCCGGCGCAGAAUGGCCGACCUUCAGAUCGACUCGCCGCUGGAUAACACUGAGGAACUAGUGAACCUGACUCGCGGCAUACACCUCAGACAGACGUCCCGCUCUUCCUCCAGCUCUACUGAGGAAUCUCCCGCGCCGCCGGCCGGCCGGCUGGAGGCCUGUCUCCAGCGACUGCGCAGUAUCGUCGGAGAGGAUGUCACGCGCGCAGAACUCAUACGAGUUAUACUGGCGGCCGAUUAUGACGUCAACAGGGCACUCAACUUCUUCUUCUCGGCGUGAGCCCCACGGGAUGGGCUUUGAGGAACAAUUGAGAGCCAGGAGUUCGAAGGCCGAAUGUGACUAUUUGUGAUUGGUGAUGAUUGUAUUUUCAUGUUUACCUGUUUAUUAUUUAUAUUUAUUUUUGUUGUCUUUUGUAUCAUUUAUUUUUUAAUUUAUGAAUUACUCAUGAAUUGUCUUAUUAUUAAUGGUCUCAUUAGUUUCGACUUUUAUUUAUUAGCCGAAUUUUAUUUGUUAGUCGCAUUGUCUGAUGUGCGCGUAAUACUGCAAGGAAGCAGUCGGAGAUUCUUAGUGUUUUGCAAGGAAUUUUGACUACUUUUUUGACAGUUGAACCAGAAUAUCGAUAGACGUAGUCCAGUGAUAUACAGCACAUUUCCUGAGAGAAUCGGAGCCGCUCUGCACUUUAGUCUGGCAAACCUUAGAACAACGGAUUAAAAGCACAACCGCCACUGAUGCGCGUACCUUUAUAUGCGCCUCCAAUAUAUUCGAGAACAUUUUUUCGGUUUCUUUUUUCAGACUUCUCUCCGAACCAUACAUUUACAAUGAUUUUAAUAGGUGCAAAGGGGUUCAAGCACUUUAUUUCUUUUUAUUUGUAUAUGUUAUUUAUUUCUUUACUUAUUUUCAUUCCUUCUUUGGUUUGCCAGAUUAUAGAAGGCGUAGAGAGCAAUCACCCUAUGCGUUUAACGGUGUGAAUGUGGGGACGCGAUUUGGUGUGAAAUUUGAUCUCACUUGGUUGUGACCCGUUGUUUUUGUAAGUAGACACGAAUUGUCUGAAUUGUCACUGAAUAUGGCAAAUUUGAGUCCAUAUAAAUGUAUGUAUGCAUUUACCGGUAAGUGGAGCCUGCCAGGCAUUAGCAUAUAGGUACUGAAUGUAUCUCGCAUAAGCGGACUGUUAUGCAUUGCACCAGAGGAGGAAACUGGUUGCCUUUUUAAGUUUCUGUGAAUACAUUUAUGGGAUGUUAACUACUAGACAUACCUAGUCGAAGGCAAGCUUUACAACAAAGCCAUGUUCGGUUUAAUGUAUUGACUUAUGGAUGGCGUAUGAUGUUAUAUUCAUAUCUAUGUUCUCAAUGUAAACGAUGACCAUCCGUUAACACCAGGACCUCGUUUCAUAAAGCGAGUCCGUAACUUACGCCGGUUUUUGGUAUUGUAUUGCAAGUGCAUGUGAAGCGAUGACGAUAGCUUGAAUCGUUCAAUUUAUUUAUUUUGCAAGCAAGAACAGAAGGGAGAAGGGCAAAUAAAUUUAUUGCUUUACAUGCGCUUGCAGUACAAGCCCAAAAACUGGCGUAAGGUACGGACUCGCUUUAUGAAACGAGGCAGAAUGCAGAAUGCGCCGAAAGUAUUUAAAUGUGAUGGCAUGUGCGUUGAAGCGACUGGAUACGGUUAUGCCAGGUGAUUGCCGAUCUGUGUGGUUUUAUAAGCUGUGAUCUUUAGGUUUCGGCAUAACAAUUUGUUCAGUCAAGCCUUGGCUAAAGCUAGAGAACAUGUUUCCGAGGCCCUUUCGAACAAGUGUACCUAUCUGUAUCAGUAUUCCACGGAUAACUGUGUGUGGUAGAUAUUGAAAGAAUGCUAGUUAAAUGUUCGCGAGAGGUGUCCCGCCACGACCUUGACGAUUAUCUUUGCGGAACACUGGUAC